GGGUCACCAUAUCUUAAAAAACACAGUAUAAACACUUUGCAAAGAAUUAAAGAUCCAUUUAACACUUUCCAUCUCUAGUAAUUGCAUGUAACGCCACUUUGAGUCAGAAAGUUCCAACAUUCAUCAUUCUGCCGGAGCCUUUCUUUCUGUUGCACGAUUCAGUAUGAAGAGGGCCAUGCCAGCAGAAGCGUUGGCAAUAUCAUCUGAUGAUGACGAUGAUCCAGCUCUGUCAAAUGGAACCAAACAUCUUGCUGUCAAGCGACCGAAAACUGAGUUUACAGUCAUCAAUCUUGCCAAAAAAGUAGGAACUGAAGAAUUACUGAUAAGAAGUGCAAAAAUGUACCAAGAAUACAUGAAGCAAAUCCCGAUUCCAGCUCAGCGUGGGUCAGUCAUAUCGUUCACUUCAUGGAGUGGUUUAGCAAAAUCGAUGAAACAAUUGUACCGGCAGCCGCUGCAUUACCUGACAAACGUUCGCGUAAAAGAGUGGGACCGAAUGAGAGGCGAUGAAGCCAUUGAACCGUUGGACACCGUUAUUCAUCCCUGUAAAGCCGAAACUAACAUCUGGCUCAUGGAAGAGGUUCAUAGGCUCACAGCCUCUCAUCAGUUUCUUGCUAAACUGUGGUCAGCUGAUCCCAUGUACAAUGCUUCUAUUGAUUCUGUUUUCCCCCAGUUAUGAAGGCUAUUUAUGUAAUUUUCUUUUACUAUUUGGUAGUCUAAUACUGCAGCUAGGGUUUGUGAUAUUUGAUUAGCUGUAAGCUUCAACCUUCCAGCUUUUCUUUUGUUCUAACUUAGUUUACUGUUUGCUUUUCUGAUAAUCCAGUGGAAAAAGUAAUA